AUGUUCAAAACCGCUGGUGAAGUAUGCACUGGCAACGAAGAACGACACGAAUCACGAAGACUAGCCUUGAAAAUUGCAUGUGCUAAUGGACAUACAAAAAGCUCGAAGAGAAACCCGAAGUUAUCUACGGAGUUCUCGUGCAUCCAGACGGAGUUGUUAAGUGCCAUACCGCCAUGUCUGGCCUAUGUACAAGGAUUUUUCCCUGCCCUGCAAAAAGGACUUAUUGGAAAAGUUUAUUUCAAAGAUGCAUAUCUACCUGAUACAGUACUACUCCAUAGUAGUACUGGAACUUGUCCUAUACGAGUACCACCUGUUCCAGCUCUGAAGCUGUAUCUGCGCCGCGAAAAGACUUUCAAAUACCGCGAUGACCUCGAAGACGUACCGGGCGACUUUUUGUCGUCCCAGUCCUCUUCCUUCUCGAAUAAAGGCGCUGAGACUUUGCCCAUUGAGUGA